AUGUUAGCCAGUCUGAAUGAACAAGAUCAAGAUCAAUUCUUUCACUAUCUGAUUGAACCUUGCUAUCCAUACACAACAGAACAACAACAAUUUAAAGCCAUAUUGGACAUCUUUCAACAAUUUGUGAGUAAACGAUUAGCUUUGAGUGGUCAUCCCAAUUCAGACACUGCCUUAAUUGAUGCUACAAAAUGCAUCGCCAUCUUGUAUCGACUGAAUGAGCACAAGAAGUAUGUAUCUUAUACUGAGUUUUAUAAUGAGGCUGUUAAUGAUCAACUAGAAAUCAAAGAAGAUUUUCCUAAUUUCAAAGACAAGAAAGGUUUCUCAUUCUGUGAUUAUCCAUUCAUGUUGAAUCCAGCUGUGAAAGCAGAUGUCCUUAAAGUGGAAAGUGUAUUUCAAAUGAGACAUGAAUUACAAGAUGCAUUUUUCAGAGCAUUAUUUCAAGGUGUGAAUAGUCCUUAUCUUGUACUUGAAAUACGUCGCGAUCAUAUUAUAUCAGAUACAUUACUUCAGUUAGAAGAAAAGUCAAUUCAUGAUUUAAAGAAACAACUUCGAGUCCAGUUUGUGGGUGAAGAAGGUGUAGAUGAAGGAGGUGUUCAAAAAGAGUUUUUUCAGUUAAUUGUACGAGAAGUGUUUGAUCCCAAAUAUGGCAUGUUUACAUUCAAUGAAGAAUCAAGACUCUGUUGGUUUACACCCAAUCCUGUUCUGGACGAGAUUAACAUUCGAGAAUACAAACUUAUGGGUCUAUUGAUUGGACUAGCUGUCUAUAACAGUGUCAUUCUGGACCUUCAUUUUCCUCUAGCUUUGUAUAAGAAACUGAUGCAUGUCGAGAUUGGACUGCCUGACCUAAAACAAUUGGAUCCAAGUCUUGGUAGAGGAUUAGAGCGUUUAUUGGCCUUUGAAGGUGACAUUGAAUCCGAAUAUGAUCGUCAUUUCCAAGUGGAUGUACAAUCCUUUGGUCAUGUCUAUACAUGCGAUUUAAAGCCAUUUGGAUCCAGUAUUCAACUGUCCAACCAAAACAAGGCAGAAUUUGUUGAUCUCUAUGCUCAAUUUGUAUUGACGCAUGCGAUUGAUAAACAGUUCAAUGCCUUUAAAGAAGGAUUUCAGUUAGUGUGUCAAGAUAGUGCCAUCAAGAUAUUUCGACCUGAAGAAGUAGAACAGUUGAUCUGUGGUAGUUCUGACUUGGAUUUUGAUGCUCUAGAAGCUUCUACUGUUUAUGACGGUGGUUGGACAAGAGAAUCUGAUAUUAUAAAGUAUUUUUGGGAAAUUGUUCAUUCGUUUAGUUAUGAAGAGAAAAAGAAGCUUUUGUUUUUUGCUACUGGUUCAGAUAGGUCACCUAUAGGAGGACUCAGUAAACUUCAGUUUGUAAUUGCUAAAAAUGGUGGUGAUUCAGACAGAUUGCCUACGUCCCAUACAUGUUAUAACGUAUUGUUAUUAUGCGAAUAUAGCAGUAAAGAAAAGCUAAAAGAAAGACUCUUGACAAGUAUCAGUAAUGCAGAAGGAUUUGGCAUGAUUUGA